AUGAACCAAAUCGACCAGAGCCUCGACGACCUCAUCAAAAGGCAGCGCGAUCAGAAGAAGAAAAUGAAGGGCAAGUCCACUCCAGCCAAGGACACAAAGAUCCCAAAGAAGCAGGCAGGAGGCGUCAAGUCCAGGGCUGCCAUCAGGACCGAUAGAGCCAUCAGAACCGCCAAACCCAACUCACCCUACGCGGCUCCAAAGGUCAAGAAGGAGACUGCGUUGUUCACGGCGUCGUUCAAGGCUGCCAAGGCGCCCAUCAAGGAAAUCUUCACCGCAGGAUACAUCCCCAAACCAGCAACCAACCUCAAACUCGUCACUGUCAACCGCAAAGUCGGAAUCACCACUGGCAAGAAACAGCAACAGCAACAGCAACCCACAGGGCCUUUGACGACAAAUUCCAUGCGCAUGGUCACCACUCAGCAGAUCAAACGUGAAGGUCUUACCUCCGCCACUGCCGCUGCCAAAGCCAAAGCCGCCGCCGCUUCUAAUAACAGACGAGAUGAGCGCAUCCCAACCGGUCCCAGGAUUCCAGAAACUUCGGCACACACGAGUGGAAACCGCGGCGUGGACAACCGUAGAGGACCCGGUAAUCCCUCUGGUGGCCGUCAAGUUGACAGGCACCCUACUCAUCAACACUCAGGCGAUCAUCGUGAUCGUGGAGGAAACAACCCACACCAGGAAACUCGCUCCGGAAAUCUCAAUAGUCGUAUCAGCAUCCCCACCAACAACAACAAAAACAAUAUCAACAACCCCAUCAACCUCACUAGUCACAACAACAACCACAACAACCACAACAGCCCCGCCCACAACAACAACACUAACAACAACAACGCAAAUAACGUCAGGAGACAAGAAGCCUACCCCAGGGUGCCAGAGUCAGUUGCGCGUCAGGAUAACAGACCAGCUGGACGGGCUCCUCCUGCGGCCACCUCUUCCUCGAUGUCUAUGGAUCUGGACAUGGAGGUAGACAACAAUCCAAUCGCCAUUAAGGGAUCUGCACCAGGACAACAGUCUGUCGCCUUCCGUGGCGAGAGCGGACCUGUGACGAUUGAGAUCGAGAACCUUGACCCUGGCACCACCACCGAUGACGUGAAGUAUGUGUGCUCCAGAUUCGGAGAGAUUAGAUCGUGCGGCUGCGCUAAUGGAUUUGCACAGGUGACCUAUGCAAGGAAGGCAGCAGGCAUGGCUGCAAUUGAAAAUCUGAACGGCAAGAAGGCAGACAACAACCAGGUUCUUCGAGUUACGAUGCGGGCUGAGGCGAUCAUCCAUGAUGAGACACCAAACAAUGUCAGCCGUGUGCCAAGUUCAAUUGCAGGACCUAUGAAGCUCUUGACGAGCGCUGUCCACGGAACGCUGCGUAACCGUGGUAACCUUUAUUCGGACAACAUUUUGGCGGCAGAGCGUGUGCUGAGGGAACAGCAGCAGCGGAUGGCACAACUUCACGAUGAGGAGCAGCGGAUGGCGAUGCUUCGUAUGCAAAAUGCCCAGCACGGCGGUUUGUCGUCUCUCUCCUCGGGAGGUGUCAACAGAGGAUUCUUUUGA